AGAUUAGAGUGGAGAGUAGUAUCAAAAGGGAAAAAAAAGAAACCUGUUAAAGAAAGUGAGAUGACUGAGAAAGAAAUGAAGAAUCAACAACCAAAAAAAGAAGAGCAACUUCAGAGAGAAGUAGCUAGAAAUAAUCAGAGAUUUGAAAUAAAAAAAAGAAGAAGCAGUCUUAUAGCAAUAACAGAAAGACUUAUAAGACAUAAUAUGAAGAGGAAAUUAGUACAAAAAAGAGGCAGAGGAAUAGACCUGCAAGAAAAAAGAGAAGACAGGAGACUCAGAGACAGAACAAGACAGAAAGAAGCAGAGUGGGGCAAAGAGAAUAAAUCUACACAACCUCUGAGAAAAACAGAGUCCAAAAUAAUAGAGAAAUCAAAAAAUA